AUCACUUUAAACCAUCUUCUAUAUAUUUUUGUUGAAUUGAAAAAACAAGGAAAACAAGAAAGAAGUUUCAGGUGCUCGCUACUAGAACUUAGAAUAUUUACAUGGAGAGAAUUUCAAUUCUUGGUUUCAUUUUAGCCAUUCUCUAUUUCAUAACAAUGGAACUUGCAUGUAAUGGUUAUACCCAUAUCAACAACAACAUUCAAUCUGAACAAGAGGCUCUUAUUGACUUCAAAAGUGGUCUCAAAGAUCCCAACAACCGACUUUCAUCAUGGAAAGGAAGCAAUUAUUGCUACUGGCAAGGAAUCACUUGUGAAAAAGACAUAGGAAUUGUCAUUUCCAUUGAUCUUCAUAACCCUUAUCCUCGUGAGAAUGUAUAUGAGAACUAGAGCUCUAUGAACUUAAGUGGAGAAAUUAGACCAUCAUUGACAAAACUCAAGUCUCUGAAAUAUCUAGAUUUGAGUUUCAACUCAUUCAAAGGCAUGCCAAUUCCUCAAUUAUUCGGGUCUUUGAAAAUUUUACUAUAUCUAAACUUAUCAGGUGCUGAGUUUAGUGGUACAAUUCCUUCAAAUUUUGGAAAUCUUUCUAAUUUGCAGUAUCUCGAUCUUUCUUCUAAAUAUCCUAGUUAUUAUGAUUUUGAAUAUUUUAAUGAUUUAUCUAUUGGCAAUAUUGAAUGGAUGGCUAGUCUUGUUUCCUUGAAGUAUCUUGGUAUGGAUUAUGUUAACCUUUCAUCAGUAGGAAGUCAAUGGGUCGAGGUGCUAAACAAACUUCCAAUUUUAAUAGAGUUGCAUCUAGAUGGUUGUGGCCUCUCUAACUCAAUUCCAUCUCCAAGCUUUGUUAAUUUUACUUCACUUCUUGUUAUAAGCAUCAACUCCAACCAAUUCAUUUCCAUGUUUCUAGAAUGGCUUCUAAAUGUUAGUAGCCUUGGAUCCAUUGAUAUAAGCUACAAUCAAUUACAUGGGAGGAUUCCACUUGGUCUUGGUGAGCUACCCAAUUUGCAGCACUUAGAUUUAUCUGGGAACCAUCUCGAAGGGAGUAUCUCUCAACUGUUGAGGAAGAAUUGGAAAAAGAUAGAAUUUCUCAAUUUGGGUCAAAAUGAAUUACAUGGUCCAAUUCCAAGCUUCUUUGGAAACUUUUGCAACUUAAAAUAUUUGGAUUUGGGUGAUAAUUACUUGAAUCGAAGUUUACUUGAGAUUAUCAAGGGAAUUGAAACCUACAGUUCUAAAAGUCCUUUGCCUAAUUUGACGGAGUUAUACUUGUAUGAAAAUCAAUUGAUGGGAAAAUUGCCAAAUUGGUUGGGCGAGCUUAAAAAUCUUAGAGGACUCGAUUUAUCCAACAACAAACUUGCAGGUCCCAUCCCUGCUUCUUUAGGGACAUUGCGACACCUGGAGUAUAUGAGACUUGAAUGGAAUAAGCUUAAUGGAAGUCUCCCAAAUAGUAUUGGACGACUUUCUCAACUGAAACAAUUAAUUAUUUAUUCCAAUCAAUUGAGUGGAAGUCUUCCCGAUAGUAUUGGAUAGCUUUCAGAAUUGCAAUUCUUGGAUGUUGGUUCCAAUCAAUUGAGUGGAAGUCUCUCUGAACAACAUUUUUGGAAGCUAAGUAAGUUGGAGACUCUAUACAUGGACUCCAAUUCUUUCCGUUUGAAUGUCAGUCCCAAUUGGGUUCCCCCUUUCCAGGUGAAUGUUCUUUAUAUGGGUUCAUGCCACUUAGGCCCUGCAUUUCCGACUUGGCUUCAAUCUCAGAAGAACCUCCAAUAUCUUAAUUUCUCAAAUGCUAGCAUUUCAAGUCGUAUUCCAAAUUGGUUUUGGAAUACUUCUUUUAAUAUGCGGUACUUAAGUCUUUCUCACAAUCAGUUACAAGGUCAGUUACCAAAUUCAUUGAAUUUUUCUACUCCUGAUUCCGUACAGAUCGAUUUCAGUUCCAACCUCUUUGAAGGGUCUAUUCCUUUUUCAAUCAAAGGGGUGGAUUUUCUAGAUCUCUCCCAUAAUAAAUUUUCUGGGCUUAUCCCACUCAGCAGAGAUGAAUCCCUAUUAGACUUGAGAUACCUUCUUCUUUCUCAUAAUC